GUCCAAUGGAGUCCUUUUUUUGAAAACAAACUCGCAGUAGCUGCUUCUUCCAACUUUGGUUUGGUUGGAAAUGGUAGACUAUACUUACUUGCUGUUGGAGGAGGACCUGAGGGUAUUAUGGCCGAGAGAGUGUAUGACACCCAAGAUGGCUUGUUUGAUUUGGCGUGGAGUGAAGUAAACGAAAAUCAGUUGGUUACCUCGAGUGGUGAUGGCUCUAUUAAGAUGUGGGAUGUCACCCUAGCAGAUUUUCCUAUACAAAACUGGCAAGAACAUCAACGUGAAGUAUUUUCGGUGGAGUGGAAUUUGAUUACCAAAGAUGUAUUUUCAAGUGGCUCAUGGGAUCAUACUGUCAAGAUUUGGAAUCCUCAAGCACCAAGAUCAUUACAAACCUAUACUGAGCACACCCAUUGUGUCUACAGCACUGCGUGGUCACCUUACAACCCAUCGAUGCUGGCAUCAGCCUCUGGUGACCAAACUGUCAAGAUAUGGGACACUAAAAGCCCUCGAUCUAUCCAGACGAUCCACGCACACAACAACGAGAUCCUGUCUGUAGACUGGAACAAAUACCAGGACAACACAUUUGUGACCGGGUCUGUAGAUUGCACCAUCAAGGUUUGGGAUAUGCGCCGUCCUGACCGGGAACUGAUCUGCCUGCCAGGACAUGAGUACGCCGUCCGCCGCGUAAAAUGCUCACCUCACCGGCCCAAUGUUGUUGCCAGUGCGGCCUAUGAUAUGAGUGUCCGGUUCUGGGAUACUGCUGCGCCAGUUGGAAACAAUCUCAUGGGUGUGCACGAUCCCCACACUGAGUUUGUGCUUGGAGUGGAUUUCAAUUUGUAUGUGGAAGGACAGGUAGCAUCCUGUGCGUGGGAUGAGAGUGUUCAUGUGUUUGUCCCACCAGCGCUAUUACGGAGAUAA